CGGGCACACGCUGGCCAGGGGGUCCCCGUCCCCGUCUCGAGGACCCCACCACCCUCCCGGAGGCCGGGAGCUCCCGAGUCUCUGACACGUUCACACGUGCACGCACGCCGGCCGUGCUGUCGACUAGGCGCCCUAGCGGGACAGAUCUCCCAGCUGGACACUGGAAAUAGCUUUUGAUGGUUUAGGGCCUCUUCCAUUUGACCCCAGGAAAUGAGCUUUGACUGGUAAGCACCUGCAUGAAGAGCCGUGGGUUCAGCUUGUCAGAUUCCUGUAACCUGCAAAGACCCUCUGGUUGCACUAGGAUCAUUCAGUUGAAGUAAAAAGAUGGCCUAUCAGAAGGUCAAUGCAGAUCAAAGAGCUCCAGGACAUUCACAAUACUUAGACAAUGAUGACCUUCAAGCCACUGCCCUUGACUUAGAGUGGGACAUGGAAAAGGAGCUGGAGGAGCCUGGGUUUGACCAGUUUCGGCUAGAUCGUGCUGAGAAUCAGAACCUGGAGAAUUCAGAGACUGCAGACCUCAAUCUUGAUUCCAUUCAACCAGCAACUUCACCCAAAGGAAGAUUCCAGCGACUUCAAGAAGAGUCUGAAUAUGUUACCCGUUACACAAGAUCUGCACCAAAGAGCAACCCCUGCAACUUUUGCCGUCUUUCAAAAAUGCUUUGCACAGCCAUCAUUUUAUUUAUUUUUGGAAUUUUGAUAGGCUAUUAUGCACAUAAAAAUUGCCCUUCAAAUGCUACAUCAUCAGGAACACUUGAUCUUCAGUUAUAUCAAGAGAUUAUCAAGACAAUCCAAGCAGAAGACAUUAAGAACUCUUUCAGAAAUUUGAUACAACUGUAUAAAAGUGAAGAUGACGUGGAAAUUUCAAAGAAGAUUAAGACUCACUGGACUUCUUUGGGCCUAGAAGAUGUUCAGUUUGUAAAUUACUCUGUGCUGCUUAGUCUGCCAGGCCCUUCUCCCAGCUCUGUGACUCUGAGCGGCAGCGGCCAGUGCUUUCAUCCUAAUGGCCAGCCUUGCAGCGAAGAAGCCAGAAAACACGGCAGCCAAGAUCUGCUCUACUCAUACGCAGCCUAUUCUGCCAAAGGAACUCUCGAGGGUGAAGUCAUUGACGUGGGUUAUGGAAAGGCAGAUGAUUUAAAGAGGAUUAAAAAAAUGAAAAAUACAACAAAUCAGAUUGCACUCCUGAAAUUAGGAAAAUUGCCACUACUUUAUAAGCUUUCGUUAUUGGAAAAGGCUGGAUUUGGAGGUGUUCUUCUGUAUAUUGAUCCUUGUGAUUUACCAAAGACUAGUAAUCUUAGCUAUGAUACCUUCAUGGUAUCACUGAAUCCAGGAGGAGACCCUUCUACGCCUGGUUAUCCAAGUGUUGAAUCACUCAUGAUCCUGAACGGCUUUUGUAAAACCUGGAAGAGUUCUACUAGUGCUGAGGAAAGGGGUCAAAGUGUCUUAUCUUGGCAUCCAGAUGGAAGCUUUAGGCAAAACCGGUCAGACCUCACCUCUCUCCUUGUGCAGCCCAUCUCAGCAUCUCUCGUUGCAAAACUGAUCUCUUCACCGCAAGAUAGAACCAAAAAUGGUGUCUGUAGCCCUCUAGAACUUCCAAAUAAUGAAGAAAGAAUUGUCAACAUGCAAGUUCAGACAGUCACAAAAUUCAAAACAGUUACUAACGUUGUUGGAUAUUUAAAGGGCUUGACUUCUCCAGACCGGUAUGUCAUAGUCGGCAGCCACCAUCAUACCGCAUACAGUUAUAAUGGACAAGAAUGGGCCAGUAGCACUGCCAUUAUCACAGCUUUCAUCCGGGCCUUGAUGUUAAGAGUUAAGAGAGGAUGGAGACCAGACCGCACUAUUGUUUUCUGUUCGUGGGGAGGAACAACUUUUGGCAAUAUUGGCUCAUACGAAUGGGGAGAGGAAUUCAAGAAGGUUCUGCAGAGAAAUGUUGUGGCUUAUGUUAGCCUCCAUAGUCCCAUAAGGGGUAACUCGAGUCUGUAUUCUGUAUCUUCGCCAUCUCUUCAGCAACUGGUAGCAGAGAAAAGUAAUUUCAACUGUUCCAGAAGAGCUCACUGCCCGGGAACGAAUGUCAGUUCCGUACAGAUACGAGGUGAUGCCGAUUAUUUCAUCAACCAUCUUGGAGUUCCCACGGUGCAGUUUGCUUAUGAGGACAUCAAAGCGUUACAGAGUCCAAGUUUUCUCUCCGAGGCCCUUUUCCUUAAACGUGCAACAAAAAUUGAAGAAAUGGAUCCUUUUUUCAACCUUCAUGAAACCAUCACCAAGCUCUCAGGAGAAGUGAUUUUGCAAAUUGCCAACGAACCAGUCCUGCCCUUUAAUGCUCUCGAUAUAGCUUUAGAAGUUCAAAACAACCUUAAAGGUGAUCAGCUCAACCCUCAUCAGCUUCUGGCCUUGGCCUCGCGCCUGCGGGAGAGUGCGCAAGUCUUUCAGUCAGAUGAGAUGCGUCCUGCUAAUGAUCCCAAGGAGAGAGCGCCCAUCCGUGUCCGAAUGCUGAAUGACAUUCUCCAAGACAUGGAGAAAAGCUUCCUGGUGGAGCAGGUGCCACCAGGUUUUUAUAGAAAUAUACUGUACCACGUUGAUGAGAAGACAAGCCAGUUUUCAAUACUUCUGGAGGCUUCGGAGCACUGCAAGUCACUUCCAUCAAAUAAGACCCUUCAAGAAGCUCUGUCAGAGGUGUUGAACAGCAUUAAUUCAGCUCAGGUUUACUUCAAAGCAGGACUUGAUGUGUUCAAGAAUGUCUUGGUUGGAAAGAACUAAGAAAACUCUCAGCAUUUUAAAAAGUUUGUUUACAAUUCCUCAAGCAAAAGCUCUAAUCUGACCAGAUUUUCUGACAUUGAAGACUUUUUCCCCCAAAAUGGCUUUUCAUACAAGUUUAAAGCUAUUAUUAAUUGUAUUUUUAAUGUACAUAUGAAAAGAGCAUUUUGCACAUUUAAUAUUUUUCUUAUAUCUACAUUUCUGAAUAUGUAAAAGCAAGUUAUUGAAAUACUUAAGAUUUAUCUAUUAAAAAGAAAUCUGCUGUAUUUUUAUAUAUAUAAAAUAUUUUGGGGAAAAUGUUCCAAGAAGUUCUGGACAAUCUUCACUCCUAUGGAUAAAACACAUAGGAAUAGAGGUUAUUCCCUAUGUUAGAGCGAUUAAUGACCUAAUUUCUGUAAUAGAAAUGGAGAGUUAAUACGGUUUCAGAUUAACUUCACUAGUAAGUAUUCAAUAUGAAGAAUUCAAGUAUUCUGACCAAGUGAUUGGUUGACCAAAACCACUUUGAAUGUUUCUAUUUUACGAAAUGAAGUGCCUGUUCAUAACACAACUAGAUGUAGUAAUACACUGGUUAUGAAAUUGUGUUUUUUUUUAAGUAUUAAUGAAAAAAGGAGCCAUAAACAUUCCAGGGGAAAAUCUCAAGGUAGCUGCACAGAGCAAUUUAAAUGCAAAUUUUUUUCCUAACAACUUAUAAGGUGACUAGCUUUGAAACCUCUAAUUUGCCUCAGUUGAUUUCGUAAAAAUUUCAAGAGUGAUGUAUGUCUUAUGAGGGAGAAUAUAUUUCUUAUUUAUUCUUCUGUUGUUUCUGUUGGAAGCACUGAAACCUAGCUACUCUAAAAUGAAAGCAUCUCAUAUUGCUCUUGCUUCUUGUAUCUUUUCUGAAACUCCUUGCUGUAAGGCAGUUUUCACAGAAUACCAUAUAAUUUCCACAGGAAAGUAGCAAAGUUUCUCUUUGAAAACCCAAAAUAUCUUAAAAAGCAUCAAAUUGCUAUUUCUGCCACUGACAAAAAGGACUUACCAUAAAAGAAACAGUUGUUUUGAUCAGUGAAAAGCUCCUUAAUUCUAUGAAGAAACUUGAUAUUUUUCCCUUCUUUAUCCUUGAUUGUGACAAAGAUGAAAACAUAGAAAAUAUUCACGCAGAAUUUUGUGCAGAAAAUAUAAUGUUACUAUAAGAUUGUUUUUCCCAGGCUUCAGUUCUUCUCUCAUGUGGAAAAUGAAGUUUUUCAUAUCGACAUUGUCAUUAAAUGGCCCUAGCAUCCACUAUUCCCUGAAACCUUAGAAUUCUAUUAGGUGACAGUUUAAACUUUUAGCUUACCUUUAGAAACAUUCUUCUGGUAUUGAAUAAAGCAAUUCCCCUUGAGAAACAUAUCUUCAGAAUAUUUCAUGUGAAUUUUCUCUACCUAACACAACACACAAGUGGACUUCUCCAUUACACACCGCUAGAGCAACAUUAGAGACACUGCCUGUGUGUCUAAGUCUUCAGUUUUUAUGGAUAAGCCUAAGCCUAAUCUUAGUUUAAAGGAAAGCUAAAGUUGAAGGAAAAGAAUUAAUCAGUAUUGAUUAAUUGAUUUAUAAGGGUCAGCUGUUCCUACCAUAAGUAAUGUUUACAUGCUCAAGGCAAAGAAGAGAGUUGAAGUAAUUAGCUAGAUAAUUCAAGCAGAAAUCCAUUUUCAUGUGAAGUGCCUGCGUGUACAUAUUUUUACAUGAGAAAUGAAACUAUCUUACAAUUUUUUUAAACCAAUGUACUUGCUUGUUUGAAAAUAUCUGCCAUGCUGAGGAGUGUCUACAGGAAAGAACUAAAAGGAACAGGCUCCUGUAUGCCUCAAACUCAGUGCCCCCUCUUGCUCCACCAAAAUCAACAGCACAAAAGAGGUGGGAACACACAUGCAGACACGUGUGAGGCCAAAUGAUAAAAUGCUUUAUACCAAAGGAUUUUAAAUAUUUAAUCAAGCUUCAAUGUAUUCAUUCCAGUUCUUCAUUUGGAGUUGAAUUUAAAACAUGCAAAAACAAAUAAGUAUUGGUUUGGUAGUUUAUCAUCUUAGAACAAAAUCCUAAGUAAUUUAACUCCCUUAGUCUGUAAGAGCUUUGAGAGCACAAAAUCUAUUUGUAAGCUUUUGUUCAAAGAUUGUGUACCUAGGUAAACCACAUUCCACUGAUAAAAAUCUCUAUAUUAUGUAUUCCUCACUUCUAAAUUCAAAUGCUAUUUGACAACUGAAGUUAACUAUGGGCAAACAUGUUUCUCUUAGUCUAUUUAAGCGAUUAUGUGAAGAAACUAAAUUAUAAUUAAAACAGAUGUCCACCAAUUCUGUAGAUGCUGCUCCACACCUUUGACUACAGCAAACCUCUUCACUAGGAGCAUUAGUGCUAUGGUAUGAUUACCUCAGGCUUCCUGCAAAUUUGUAUCAUUUUAAUUUUUUCCCCAAUAGAUCCAAGUAAAUAAAAUCUUACGCAAAUUAAUAACCAGCGUCUUCAGUGAAUUGGUAGUAGGUUUAAAUUGUUGCUGAGAGAUCUGGGAGCCUGGUUCUUCUCACAAUCCUUCAUACAUAGAAUUGUGCCAGGACAUGAUGAAUCAUUAAUGGUUAUUCUCCCAAGAAAAUGUGGCAAGUCUGCGCCACUGAAUUUGGGUUCAAGAAGGGUAUGCACGGGAAAUUGCCCUCUCUUGAAAGGAUAGAUUCUGGAGUCAGAAGAAAGCCUAAGAGACAUUCUGGUCUAAGCCCUCAGACGUUACCCUCAGCCAUGGAAAGCAUCGUCAGCCCCAUCAGAUGCAGUAACUCAAGCCAAAGGGAUUAAGGAAUGUGGAUAUACUCACAUAUUCAAUUAGCAGCAAAAGCACUCCUGGAAUUUAAGCUUCUCUGCUUUUUCGUGCAGUGUAUCCAGCUCUCUCCCUAAGGUGCUAGGAUUAUAAAUGCUCUUUUCCAGGGCAUUCUAUGUAACCAGCCAUUCUAUCAGACGCUGUAUGGCCUGGAAUCACUGCUUUUAAUUAAGGACUAGCUCAUUGUCUAACCAUAGCUGACCAGCAGAACUGUCCCAUUGAACCCAGGCAAGGACACAAAAACUGGGUCCUUGGGGAAGAGUGGGGAGAGGCUCUACCUGAUGCCAGAAGUCAGGAAGCAGGGCCUUGAGUAAAAUGCUUUUACGAGACAACAUUUCAGCUCUAUAUUAAAUCAGCAAUCUAAAUCAGUGUUUCUCAAAAUGUGGAUUUGAAGGAGUGAGGCCUAGGAAUCUUCAUCUUCGGUAAGAUUUCCCAAAUUAUCCUUAUGCACACCGAUGUUUAACAAUUUCUAAUCUACAUUAAUCCUGGGUCCUGAGAAAAUAUUAUUUGGCAGUGUAUCUAGAUAAAUUGAAGAGUCACAAUAACAAGAGGUACCUAAAGCUUUGCUAUUAAUGGCACCAUUAAAAAAAGAGAGAGAGAAUAACCAUUGUAUCUCUCAAAAAAAGGAUGUAGACAUAGCUAACAUUUGUGCCUGUUACAUGUGCAAAAUGGUUCUAGACUUCUCAUUUGUUUUUUUCUAAUUGAAUCCCCACAAAACCUAUUUUUAAAAAUGAGGAAACUUGAUUGAAUGACUUGUUCAAAGUCCCAAGGCUAAUAAAAAUGGCUGAGGUGUGUUUCUCUCCUGGGCCCUCUGGUAUCCAGUCUUGUGUUCUUCACACUGAGUGCUGCAGAAAACAUCAGAAGAAUCUUUUGGUUAUAGAAAGUGAUAUAAUUGAAAAUUUUAAUGUAUUUCUACACAACUGAUCAGACUGUGUAGUCUGCCACUUCACUGGUUUAGUGAAGGAGUUUGAAGAAGCAAAUUACAUCAUUCCUCUAAAGAUAGCCCACUCCAACAAUGGUGUACAUAUGUAGGUAAAUGAGAAGAUGUCUAUCAGAGCAUUAAAAAUAAGUGCACCAUUGUAGAAUACCAUGACAGCUAGAUGCAAAAUAGUAAAGAAAGACCAGAAGCCACAUAUCUGACAAUUUCCUCCUCAAAACGCCUAUAUAAUUUCAAUGGAAACAAAGAAAACCCCAGGUGCUGGGAUUUACAACCACAGUUUUAUAUCAUCCUUAAAAACUCAGAAUAAUUGACUUGUUAAAUUAAAUAAAUAUGUAGCAUACGGUAGGUUUCCCCAAUGGAAAGAUGUGUUACAAAAAUAAACAAUUAUUUGUUACCAUCUGCCUGAUGGUGAAUCAGCAUCUUUGCCUCAAAUGCAAAACUAUAAUUAUUUGCACAAUAAAUUGGUAGACCCAGCCAAAAGUGUUCUCAAGAGACAUUCUGUGGUAGGUGUAAUUAAUUAGUCCAAAAAUUAAGCUAACUCGGAGGGUAGCACAUUGUCAUCUCAUUGGUUUAAUAGACUGCUUAAAUGUGCCUUAGCGCACAUUCCCUUAACAGAAAGGAAUUACUUUAAACUGCCGAUCCGCGUGUGAGCGGAAGGGAAAUGGGUCCACAUAUUCCAGUAGUUAUGUCAGCAACAUAACAGUUCCAUCACAGGAGCACAGAUGCAACCCAGGGGAAAAAACGAACAAUGUGGUAUUUGUGAAAAGAAAUAUUCUGCUUAGCUAUACAAGUGAAUCUCUAUUUCUUGCUUGAGUUUAAAUUGCUAGCUUAAAAAAGUGUCAUUGGAGUCUCCUAUUCUGAAAGAUCUUGAAGAACUUCAGAGUCCUAAGCACCCCAAUAAAUGCAAAUAAUUUUCAAUUUACGUUGUUUGUCUUAUGCAAUUCAGAAUUUCAAAUGAUGAGAAUUUGAAAGAAGAGGAGUUUCAAAAGAAAUUUUUAAAAUGUAGUUUUUCUGGUCAUCACCAUGUCCACUCAGUUUUCUGUUUUUCUAGACAUACUCCAGCAAUGGGAUCAGGCUUUUUUUUCUUACCCUGAGAAAGUAAUUUUAGGAUCUAUUUGUCUCAAUAUAGAUUUAUCUGUUAAUCAGCCAGUUUUAUUUCCACAGUAUCUUUCCAUUAUCCUUUGAAGAGGUACACUGAAGUGCCCUUAGCAUACCUGAGGCUGCCAAGAAUCUUGAGACCUUAUCUAUUGCGCGAUGACAUACUUCUCAAAGACAUUUAUAAUCUCAUAUUGAGAUUGUAUCCGAAUUUACAAAGCAAAGGAUUAAACUGAGGCACUUUCAGGGAGCAUUCAAGAAAAAGAAGCUGCUUCUAAUUUUAAUAUGUUUCUGGUUAGAUUAUCUUGUGUUUGAAUUAUAUAGUUAAAGAAUUUUCUGUAACCAAAAUGGUAAUUUUAUGUUUUCAGCCCAAAUCCAAUCAUUGAGGCCAAAGAAAUGCGUGGCCACUCUAAUUUCUUAAGAAGGAUUCUUUCAAGAAUUAACUCAGGAGUGGUGGAUUCAGUGCUUCUAUCUAGACAAAGCUUUAAUGAGUGUAGACAGACCCUAACAGUAUUCGCCUAAUUCCUUUGAUGUCUUAAGUCAAUAAGCGCUGAGGUAGCUUGUCUCAGAGGGAAACAGAUUUUAUUUUCCAGGGGCUAAUUAACAUGCACCACCUCAGUCCCCAGAGGACCACGCAGGUGCCUGUACUCUGCCAUAUGUCAUGUGCUAUAUUCCAGCAAACUCAAGAGAUUAAUAUACAAUCAUUAUUAUGAAUUAUUAUAUUGCAUUGAAGUUAAUGUCGGUCUUUUGUUCUAAUUAAAGUACAAACUUGGCAUCUGAAUAGCAGCUUAGUUAGAGAAGUGGAGUGAGAGUCUCUAUUUUAAUGAACUACAUCUAUUUUUCAAUCAAAAUGUGUAAUUAUUUAAUUAUCUAGCCCACUUAGUAAGUAUAUAACUCUUCAACUUAUUCAAAGAAUCUUUAUUCAAUGUUAUCAUGCAGAUGGACACAAUUUGGAGAGCAUUUUAUCUUUUCAAAUUCUUAGCCAUCGUUGAAUUAUGCUUUCACCAAAUGCAGUAGUUUUAUUCAUAUUAAUUAUUAUUAUUUAUUUCCUUUUAUAUCAAUCUGCUGCAAAUGGACUACCUUACUCUGAAAGUCAAAAAAAAAAAAAUGCCACUACUCAAUAAAGACAAUUUUAUCAUAUCUGUUUAAUAAGAAACAAACACACGAACAACAUGCUUUACUACACCAUUGCGAGUUGUUUUCAAGAAGCAAAAUCUCCGGAUGGUUAAGAGGAGCUCACAUAAUUAUAUUCCAAAGAUGUUAUAAAUAAUUCCAUUUAGAAGCUGAGAUAGGACUCUAUUAGGUGAUUUAGUGUUUACGUUUCACACAGAAAGGUUUAACGGCAAAUAUAUCCCACACAUUCGAACUUGCUACUUGGAGAAUAUGAAUAAAAUUGUAUUCAGAAAAGAAAAGAGCUUUCUAGGACACGUUGCAGGGCUAAUUUGUUUUUACAGACAACUAGAAAUAUCAGCACAUCAUUUUGAUAUUAGUUUUGUAUAUGUGUUUGCAAUGUUAAUAUAUACCACACAUUUUUAAAUCAUGUCUCCAGAGUAGCAAUAUUUAGAUAUAAAAGAUUUUAUAAUAAACAAAAGUUUUCAAUUGUAUAACCAUAGAAAAUAUAGCCCUAAAAUAAGGAAUGAUGAUGAGCAGAAGAUUUAUAAGUUAACUUGAGAUAAAAUUUGGAGGACAAUCUCUCCAAUUAAAUUUGCUUUGAUUAAAAACAAAUAUCUUGAAAGGAGUGUCCCAAUUAAAAAAUUGCACUGAGCUGUUGUAGCGUUGAAUAUUGCUCGAAGUAAUUUGAUUAUCAUCUGUGAUUCAGAAAUCUUUUUAUUGUAUAGAAAUUUUCAUUGUCAUUGUCUUUGUUGUGAUUGAUUUUUAAUGACAUUGAUUUAGAGGCUGAUGUCUAUAGUUUUUUAAUUACCAUCUAGUCUUGAAUGUCUAAUUCCUAUAAUGUGUGGAUGUCCAUCAGGAAUUUAGUGCUUUCUAUAUUUAGCCCAGGCGUGAUCUCAAUUUACUUUACAACUCUUUAUGUAAUACUCCCAUGACUCAAUAUGCAGCUUACUUAGGAAAGUACUUUGUGAUCUGGAGUGACAGAAAAUGGAUUCCGAUGCCACACCCAUUAAGAAUAUGAGUGAAUGUUUUAUAUUUCAGUUGCUUAAAUAUUUGCACAUAAUUGAAAACAUAGUACUAUGAAAUGAAGGCAUCUUUUAAGAAAUAUAUUCUGAUUCAUAAAUGCAAUGAGUAUGUACAAUGAAAUGGUAAUGUUUAAAACACCCAUUUAAAAAAUAUUAAAUACAGGUGAAAA